AUGGAAGAUCUUAUUGCAAUCCUUGAUGAGAUCCGCCAGCAACUCCAUCAAUGUGCCCUCAUAUUUUAUGCAGACCCCGCCAUUCUACAGGGAACUCAGCUUCCAACAAAACAAUCAAAGUCCGAGACCUAUGAGUUGACCAGCAAAAAUGCGGCAGACGGGUUGAAAGCGAAGUUAACGCUACUCGCCGAAAAUGUGAUAAUGGCUGAGGUGCAGUUCAAGCACCCAAAAACUACGGGUGGCCACUAUCGCGGGACAGCGCAGCCGGAAGUACAGUGGAAACUUACUCAAAUACAGGAUGCCCGGAAUCUCUGCCAACGUUCGCAUGACGAUGUCCGCGCCCUAAUACAAACACUAAUCGAUGAACCAAAUCUCGAAGAACCGGGUCGAGCAGCUGUUCGAGAAGUUGCCGAAUCGAUAAAAGUUUCGUUGUUGACCGCGAGGAAUACUCUGACUAUCCCGAAAAAACGAUCUCUCUUGGAGUUAUAUCAUUUUGCGCCUACCAAAAAGUUUCAACCUCCGCUAUCUCAGGAUGUCUUAUUAUCGUUCUACGUAAGCGGCGCGAAAAUCGUCUGCGCCUCCUACCAAAUGCUCGCAAAAUCGGCGGCUCCCACGCAGUCAUUGGCCGUCUCGGUGGCCGAAUGCCCAUUGGACGGCUUCGAUCAUGCCCUCUACCUACUAUCGGCAUCGAUCAACAAUCUUCAACAACUUGUACAUCUCAUAGAAGCUAUA